AUGUUGAGUUCAAUGAGACUUGAACGCGAUACUGACGGAAGAAGGGAAAAUUCAUGUUCUUCUUCUCCUUCAUCAUCUCCCCCACCAGUCGAACUUCAAACUUCAAUAAAUCGUAAAUCUCAACUGACAGCUGCAACACUUUCGGCCCUUUCCAAGCAAGAGUUGUUGAAACGAGAUGUAUUUGGUAGAACUAUACUACACUUACUUAUCUUGUCAAAUAGAUACGAUUUGAUGAAAAGAUUGUUCAAGAACCCAGAGAUACGAACAAUUCUUACCCUUGUAGAUUAUGAAAAUGGCUGGAAUUGUAUGCAUUAUGUGAUCUUCCAUAAGAGGUUGAUGUGUUUUAAAUCCAUAAUGGAACAUCUCAAGAGUUAUCUGACAUCUUCCACGUUGACAGUUGCCAAUAACUCGACUCUUUUCGAUUUGCUCCGUACAAAGGACCGUAAUAGACUUACUCCACUUCAACUUUUGGAUAACGAUUUCAAAGAUUUGAUGUGGGUUCCAACUUAUAUAAAUGAAAAGAACGAGUUUCAUUUGAAUUAUAGAUUUGAAGCUUUUCACAAUGACGAGAGUGAAGUACUGGGUGACCAGCAGCAGGGGCAACAACCACAACCAGCUGGUGGAGCUGAAGUACAACCAAAUGUUACUGCACCUUUACCUGCCCCCAUUCAAACACAGAAUCCUCCAGCCCAGGUCCCUGCAACACAUAAUACAACACAAGAUCCACCACAGAGUCAACCUUCAUUGAAACAGAUACAAAAAAGUCAAGCGUCUAUACGUGAUAAUGAAGAUUGGUGGCAAGUAACUAGAGGAGGGUCGGAUUUAGUAGUGUUUGGGUCUAAUAAGAAUAAUAAUUUGGGACUUGGAGACUCCAGUGAUAGACCAGUGCCGUCUAGAGUUCCACUUGAGUACUUUCAAGAUACCACAUCGUGUUCUAGGAUUCAAGAAAUUCUUUGUAAAGCACGAUUCCUUGAAUUGGACAUUUGUAAAUACCAUUCAAUUGCGCUAACUAAUGAGGGUGAAUUGUAUACCUGUGGGAUUGGCUCUAGAGGGAAGCUUGGACAUGGUGUUGAUGACACAAGUAAUUGUUAUCGAUUCAAAAAAAUCGAAUUUUUCAGUGAAACUGAAGAAGAACCAGCUAAAUCUAUAUCUAAAUUCGCUACUGCCAACUCCCAUACAAUUGCUUUGACAAAAGAUAAUGUAUUAUACGCAUGGGGUAUCAAUACACAAGGUCAACUUGGGGUGUCAACUAUAUCUUCUUCGUCAACCAACUCAAAUUCCAACGCAAACUCUUCGGAACAAGUUGAAAUAUUCGAAGCACUGCCCAAAAGAAUCAUAUCAAGGGAGUUGAAAAAGAAUCUGACCCCAUUUAAGGGUGUAGCAGUGUCUACCAUACAUUCCCUUGCCUACACCAAGAACGAAAUAUACUUCUGGGGGUUAUCUGUUGGUCAGAUGGGGGCAAUUACUGACCAUGGAGCCAUACCUGGGGAAAGAAGACGCCAAAGUAUAGUUCAUAAAGGAUUCUUACAGACAAUUCCUAAAAAGAUAACUUUGAGAGAUAACAUAAAGUUUGUCAGUACAUGUGAAACAUGCACCUGUAUCGUUACCUCCAAGGAUGAUAUCCAAGUUUAUUAUCAAAACCAACAUAUCAAACUUCCAAAAAUUCUCCCAAAGAGUAAUACCAAUGAUAAUUUUGAUCUUUUCAAGCCAAGAGCAUUAACAAAGGCUAUUGAAAUUAAGAAAGUUUGUAUGAGAAGUCACGGAUUCAUAGUUUUCCUACUUGAUACUGGAGAUGUUGUGAGUGUGAACUUGGCACUGAGUGAGUUUGAAGACUACGCUAGUUCUAAAGGAUCUAAAAACUUGAGAUACAUUACACUUUGGAAAGCUCACAGUUAUGAUCUAGCUGCCAUUGAUAUAGAUGUUUCCAAUGAGGGUUCACUAUUAUUGUGCACUAGAAAUGGUUCUGUCUUUCUUAAGCAACUGAACAAUGGAUCAUCUACUCUGAGAAAGAAUUCCAUGUCUGAUGCAACUUUAAACAUUCCUUUAAGAAGUAAAUUUAAGAAAAUUGAUAAUAUUAAUAAAGUUGUCAGGGUUUCUUGUGAUGAUAAUUUUGUAUCGUUUGGUUUCAUUAGAGAUGAAAUUGAUCCUCUUCCGGUCAAAUUACAUAAGAAUUCAUUUGUCAAUGACAUGAAAUAUCUUCAAAGUUUCCAAGAAUCAGAUUUAUACAGAAAGCAAAAUGAAUUAUUUAGUUCAGAUGGACCUGGAAAUUCGUAUGUUUCUGAUUUCAUAUACCCAAAAAAGGAGCAUAAACGAAAAAAUGAUAUGUUUGACUUUAGCAAGAGAUUCCAUGAUUUACAUGUUGAUGAUGAUGAAGAUAUUGAAGAGGAACAUACUCUGGAAGAUAAGCAGGAGAAAAAUCUCAAAGAUACUUUACAUACCACACAUCAAAAUCGAUUUGAUUCGAAGAAAUACAAAGAAACUGCGCCAAAACACACAUAUCAACUAGUGCCAAACUCUGAUAGAAUGGUAGUAUUAGAAGAGGUCAAAUCUGAUAUGUCAUACCUUUUACACAAAUAUAGUAAUAUUGAUGAAGCAAAGCAUUAUGAUUGUUUUAUCAAACUUGAAGAAUAUCCUGAUAUUUCUAUUGGAGUUCAUAAAUAUAUCCUUGAAGUAAGAUCACCUUCAUUUUGUGGUAAAAUUUUCAAUCCUAAAAAUCCUGGAGAGUUUUUUAAACAUGAAGGGUUACAAGGUAGAUUUGACCCUGAUACUAACUAUCUUCACUUCACUACCCAUUUGGAUCUCAAAGCAUUGAUAGUGUUUAUAUACUUUCUUUACACCAACGAUGUCCUUUCCAUAUGGUCCGAGUAUCCAGUUGGAAUUAAUUGUCCUCCAGAAAUCAAAGAUUUGAAAGCUUCAUUCGAUAAAUUGGUUAGUUUGUUUGGGGUUGCAGAUGUAUUUGGAAAACUUUCUAAAGAUGAAGUUUAUUUGAAAAAGAUGCGUAAUUUGUUGGAAGAAGAGGAUGAUGAAGCCAAUGAAAUGUCUGAAAAAGACCUCAAUCAAGAUGUGAUGGUUAUUCUUAAGGAUGGUGAAGUUAAAUGUCAUUCUGCUAUACUUGUUGCAAGAUCUGCAUAUUUUGAAACAAUUUUAUCAAACCGUUGGGAAAUUAGGAAUGAAAAGGCAAAAUGUAAAAUUGUUAGGCUAGAAAACAUCACCAAAUCUCAGUUUCAUGUGAUCCUUAGACACUUGUACGGUUUCAGCAAUAACACGAUUUUUGAUAGUUUUACUGAAGAUAUCCAAGGUAUAAAUGAAUGUGAUGAGUUUGUCAACUCUAUGCUUGAAUUGAUUGAAAUCUCAGAUGAAUUACUUCUCUUUGAUUUAAAAAGUUUAUGUGAAGUAGCAAUAAAGGAGUUUAUAUCUACUGAUAAUGUUUUAUUGCUCUUGAUGCAUGCAGACUUAUUAUCGGCUCAGAAACUAUUCAUGAAUUGUUCUUGGUUUAUAUUUAACAACUUGGAAGUUUUACUUCUAGAUCAAGCUUUCAAAGAAAUUCAAUUUGAAUUACUUCGAAAAUUGGAAAAGCAAAUUAGAUUCUUAGACAAUUGCAAGAGAAGUGAUUUCUCUGAUACUCAAGGUAGUUUGAAUGAGUUUUAUCAAGGUAAUUGGAUAGAAAAGCAGUCUAAUGUUCUUAUUUCUAAUUUUCUUUUCAAGAUGGAUGAUUAUAAUGAAAAUUUCAUGUCUGAUAAGAAGGGGCAUGAAUUGUUUGAACCAUUAUUUGAUUUGCGGAAAGAUCAAGAGAAAUCUGGAGGUACAAUCUCUGAACCAAAGAAGAAGGUGAAAGAAAAAAGAGCUCCAUCAGUUAGUUUCAGAGUUGAAAGUAACGGUUCAGCUUCGGGAACUGAUUUCCAAUCUGGAUUGCUUGCAUUCAGAAAUGCAUAUUCUGGCCGGAAUAAUUCUGCAUCUGGUUCUAGUUCCAUGUCCAUGUCUAUGUCUACUUCUGCACAAUCACUAACGUCUGCAAUUGAUGAUAAUGAUGAAGAAUUUGAAACCGUAUCCAGUACUAGAAGACGUAAGUCUUCAAAGAAUUGUGGUGAAGUGAUUCCUUCUGAAAGGAAAUCAUUUAGUUCUAAUUCCAACAUUAUUGUUAGGAACCCAGAUGAGAAACCACUUGUUCGUUCAUCGUCAAAUUCUACUUCAAACACAGGAUUAAGUCCACAUUCUAAUUGGGCUUCACCUGGUAGUAGUAAUGGUAAUUCCAGCAUAUUGAAAGAUCAGCCAAUUUUAUCUAAAAGAGGGACAGAAGAGCCUAGAAAAAUGAGCUCGAAGGCUAAAGUUGUACUGGCACCAAGAUUGUCACAGAAAGAAAGGAAAAAGAUGGCACAGUUUGAUAAUUCCAGUGAAACAACCACGAAUAUACCGUCAUCAUCUGGGGCAUCAGCUCCAUGGUCUACUCCAAAUAGUAGUACUUCGUCACUUAAUCGAAGUAGUAAUAGUAGUUACUCGAACCUUCCUACUCUUGGAUCACAAGAUAAACGUUCACAGAAAUCUAAAAUGCCAAGGUCGUCACCACCUCUUGUGUCAAACGUAUCUCAGUCCAGAUCCAUACCAUUACAGUCUUCAGGACCAUCUUUGACUGAAAUUAUGAUCCAAGAAUCUUUGAAAAUAGAAGAGCAACAAAUUAGAGAAAAGGAAAGAAAAUCAUUACAAGAGAUUCAACAAGAACAAGAGUUUGCCAAAUGGUGGAGUGAAGAAACUGCCAAAGUCCAACAAAGUAUGGCGAAUUCUUCUAUAAAUGAAGGAAAUAAUUCAGGUUCUUCUCUGAAUUCUAAGAGAAAUAAGAAAAGAGGGAAGAAGUUGAUUUAA